AUGCACGCCAAACUGUCGAGCUGUCUUCUGGCAGCGUCUGCUCUUCUGCCUGCCGUCUCGGCUCAGGGUUGCCCUUUUGCGAAACGAGAUGGCUCCGUUAACAGCGAGCUCCCUAAAAGAGACACCGCCGUGGGCUUUGGUCGAUGUUCCACAAUCAGCAACCAGGCCGGCGGCGGCACUCGCAGCCACGACUGGUGGCCUUGCCAGCUUAGACUCGAUGUUCUCCGCCAGUUUCAGCCGUCGACCAACCCGUACGGAAACGACUUUGAUUACACCGAGGCUUUCAAGUCUCUGGACUACGAUGCUCUCAAGAAGGACUUGCACGCUCUGAUGACCGAGUCCCAGGAGUGGUGGCCCGCCGACUUUGGCCACUACGGAGGUCUCUUCAUCCGCAUGGCCUGGCAUAGCGCCGGCACUUAUCGCGCCAUCGACGGCCGAGGUGGCGGUGGAAUGGGCCAACAACGGUUCGCUCCGCUCAACAGCUGGCCUGACAACCAGAACCUCGACAAGGCCCGCCGCCUGCUGUGGCCUAUCAAGCAGAAGUAUGGCAACAAGAUCUCGUGGGCGGACCUGAUGCUCCUGACGGGCAACGUUGCCCUCGAGUCUAUGGGCUUCACGCCUCUUGGCUUCGCCGCCGGCCGCCCUGACACUUGGCAAUCGGACGAAUCCAUCUACUGGGGCGGAGAGACUACCUUCGUCCCCAAGGGCAAUGAUGUGCGCUACAAUGGUAGCACCGAUAUCAACGAGCGCGCCGACAAGCUUGAGAAGCCCCUGGCUGCCACCCACAUGGGUCUCAUCUACGUCAAUCCCGAGGGCCCCGACGGCAGCUCCGACCCCGCCGCUUCGGCUAAGGACAUCCACGUCGCCUUCGAUCGCAUGGGAAUGAACGAUGAGGAGACUGUCGCUCUGAUCGCCGGUGGACACGCUUUCGGCAAGACACACGGUGCCGUCUCUGGUGAUCAUAUUGGAGCCGCGCCCGAGGCUGCUGACAUUGGCGAGAUGGGUCUCGGAUGGCACAACGACGUUGGCGACGGCAACGGCGUCAACCAGAUGACCAGUGGUCUCGAAGUCGUUUGGACCAAGACCCCUACCAAAUGGAGCAACGGCUACUUGGAGUCUCUUUUGCACAACAAAUGGACCCUGGUCACCAGUCCUGCGGGCCAUCACCAAUGGGAGGCCGCCAACGGCACUCUCGACUACCCAGACCCCUUUGAUGCCACCAAGUUCCGCAAGGCGACUAUGCUCACUAGCGACUUGGCUCUGAUCAACGACCCUUCCUACCUCAACAUCACCACCCGUUGGUUGGACCACCCCGAAGAGCUCGCCAAUGCGUUCGCCAAGGCUUGGUUCAAGCUCCUCCACCGCGAUUUGGGCCCUGUCUCUCGUUAUCUCGGCCCUGAUGUCCCCAAGGAGACCUUUAGCUGGCAGGACCCCCUUCCCGCCAGGGAGGGUGACCUGAUUGACGAUGCCGACGUCGCUAAGCUCAAGUCCGACAUCCUCGCCGCCCCCGGUCUCGACGUUUCCAAGCUCGCUUCUGUCGCCUGGGCCUCUGCCUCGACCUUCCGUGCCUCCGACAAGCGCGGCGGUGCCAACGGUGCCCGCAUCGCCCUCGAGCCCCAGGUCAAGUGGGUUUCCAACAACCCCACGCAGCUCGCCGAGGUCCUCGACGCCCUCAAGACGAUCCAGACCAGCUUUAACACCGGCGCUAAGAAGGUUUCCCUGUCUGACCUGAUUGUCCUUGGUGGUACCGCUGCCGUCGAGAAGGCCGCCAAGGACGCUGGUGUUACCGUCUCCGUUCCCUUUUCCCCCGGUCGUGUCGAUGCUACCCAGGAGCAGACUGAUGUCCGCUCCUUCGGCUACCUCGAGCCCCAGGCCGAUGGUUUCCGCAACUACGGUCGUGGUACCGCCCGCGCCCGCACCGAGGAGAUCCUCGUCGACAAGGCCGCCCAGCUUACUCUUACUGCCCCUGAGCUGACCGUCCUCAUCGGUGGUCUUCGUGCCCUCGGUGCCGUCUACGAUGGUUCCAACACCGGCGUUCUGACCGAGAAGAAGGGCCAACUGACCAACGACUACUUCAAGAACCUCCUCGACAUCUCCACCACCUGGACCCAGAGCGGUGCUGAUGGCGAGCUGUGGAAGGGUGUUGACCGCAAGACCAAGGCCGAGAAGUGGACCGCCACCCGCGCUGACCUCGUCUUCGGUUCCCAUGCCGAGCUUCGUGCCAUUUCCGAGGUCUACGCCAGCUCCGAUGCCAACGAGAAGUUCGUUAACGACUUCGUCGCUGCGUGGACCAAGGUCAUGAACCUCGACCGCUUUGACUUGAAGAAGAAAUAA